AUGAAUAGAUUGGUCACUUCAUUGUUCAAUGGUAGUAAGACUACUACCAACUAUAUCCAAAGAAAUGCUUUCCAUUCAACUACUCCAAACUUUAUGUUUGAAAAGAUUUUAGUAGCAAAUAGAGGAGAGAUUGCAUGUCGAGUAUUCAAGACAUGUAAGGAGAUGGGUAUCAAGACAGUAGCUAUUCACUCUGAUGCUGAUAAGCAUGCUCGUCAUGUGUUGGAAGCCGACGAAGCUGUAUGCGUCGGUCCAGCACCCACAUCGCAAAGUUACUUAAACAUUGAUAAUAUUUUGGAGGCAAUCAAGUCGACCGGUGCACAAGCAGUUCACCCAGGUUACGGUUUCCUCUCUGAGAAUAGCAGAUUUGUAAAGGAACUCGAAAAGAUUGGUGUCACCUUUAUCGGUCCCAACUCGUACGCCAUGCAUGCACUCGGCGACAAGAUCGAGUCCAAGAAGAUCGCCAAGGCUGCUGGCGUCAGCGUCAUUCCCGGUUUUAUCGGCGAGGUUGACGGCAUCGAGCAAGUCAUCAAGAUUGCCAACGAGAUUGGCUACCCUGUGAUGGUCAAGGCCUCGGCCGGUGGUGGUGGCAAGGGUAUGCGUAUUGCUUGGAACGACGAAGACGUCAAGAUUGGCUACCGUCUCUCCAAGCAAGAGGCCAAGUCGUCGUUUGGCGACGACCGUAUGCUCAUUGAAAAGUACAUUGACCGUGGAAGACAUAUCGAGAUCCAAGUCUUGUCGGAUGGCGAGACUGCCCUUUACUUUCCCGAGCGUGAGUGUUCGAUCCAACGUCGUAACCAAAAGGUCGUAGAAGAGGCCCCCUCACCCUUCCUCGACGACGAGACACGUACGGCUAUGGGCAAGCAAGCCGUCGCUCUCUGCAAGGCCGUCGGCUACAAGUCGGCCGGUACCGUCGAGUUCCUCGUCGACGAGAAGAAGAACUUUUACUUUUUGGAAAUGAACACCCGUCUCCAAGUCGAGCAUCCCAUCACCGAAGAGAUCACCGGUCAGGAUCUCGUCGCACACAUGAUCCGCAUUGCCUAUGGCGAGCGUCUCAAGAUCGCCCAAAAGGACCUCAAGAUCAAGGGGUGGGCCAUCGAGUCACGUGUCUAUGCCGAGGACCCAUACCGCAACUUUUUGCCAUCGAUUGGCCGCAUCAAGAAAUACAUCCGUCCUGAAGGCCCAGGCGUCCGUAUCGACGGUGGUAUCUACGAAGGUGGCGAGAUCUCGACCUACUACGAUCCACUCAUCUCCAAGCUCAUCACAUACGCCGACACUAGAAAGACUGCCAUCGUCCGCAUGAAGCGUGCACUCGACGACUACUACAUCAAGGGUGUCAACCACAACGUCCCCUUUUUGCGUGACGUCAUGGAGAAUGCCAAGUUUUUGAGCGGCGACAUCUCCACCAAAUUCAUUCCCGAAGAGUACCCAGAAGGUUUCCAAGGCUACAAGUUUGCCCCCAAGCAAAUCGAGCAACUCGCCAUCGCCGGUGCUAUCCUCAGAUACGCCGACCAACACAAGUCACUCACCAACAAUGCCAACCAAGCCCGUUCCUCCCCAGUCGAGCCCGACGAGUUCAACGUCGUCGUCAUUGACAAUGUCCGUCACCUCGUCCGUUUCCAAAUGGUCAAGGAUGCCCAAUUCACCGUCGAGUUUGUCGACGAGGAAGAAGAAGUCGUCAUCAAGCGUGUCGAAGGUUCCAUCGACGAAGACACCCAAGAAAUGCUCCGUCUCACCAUCGGUGGAUCUGUCCUCAGAUUCCAAUUGCACAACCGUGGCACACACUCUUACACCCUCCAAUUCCACGGCUCCAAGAUCGACGUUUCCGUCCGUACCCCAGAAGAAGAUCGUCUCUUUAAAUUCAUGCCAGAGAAGCUCCACAUUGAUAACUCCAACGCUCUUCUCUCGCCAAUGCCAGGUGCUAUCCUCUCGGUCGCCGUCAAGGAAGGUGACAAGGUCGUCAUUGGUCAAGAACUCUGUAUCAUCGAGGCCAUGAAGAUGCAAAACGUUCUCCGUGCUCCACGUGACUGUGAAAUUAAAUCAAUCAAGGCAAAGGCUGGUACCAAUGUUGCUGUUGAUGAAAUUUUAAUUGAAUUUAAAUAA